AUGGCUGCCAUUCUCAAGUUCUUGAGGAGCAUCUACGACCUCGACAACCUCGACACCCGCUUCACGAGCUCCUCUUCCGUUCCAUACAAGACCAUCGUCGAGGCCCGAACCGACCCCGCGCAGAGCAAGGAGCCGCCCAAUAAGGUCCAGAGCCGCUCCCAACCGUCGAAAUGGGGGACACCGGAAUACCUCCUCUACAUCUUUCUGCUUUCAUUCAUCGUGCCAUACAUGUUUUGGAUCGCGUAUGAUGUAUCAAGACCUUCUGACCCUCGAUACCACAACUACGAACGCUUCCUCCGCGAUGGGUGGAUACCGGGUCGCAAGAUCGACGUAUCCGAUUCGCAAUACCAUACGUUCCGCGAGAACCUCCCGUUCAUGGCCCUCCUCCUGGCCUUCCACCCCCUCCUCCGCAAGCUCUGGAACACAGUCUUCCCGAUCCCCUCGGACCUGCACAAAAAGUCAGUCACCGAACAGGGCGACGCCCGCCUCGAGCAGCGCGCCUCCUUCGACUACCGCUUCGCCCUCGUCUUCCUCGUCGCCCUGCACGGCUUCUCCGCCCUGAAGGUGCUCGCGAUCCUCCACAUCAACUACCAGCUCGCGACCCGGCUCCCGCGUCGCUACGUCCCCGCUGCGACCUGGACGUUCAACAUCUGCAUGCUCUUCGCCAAUGAGCUGUGCGAGGGAUACCGCUUCGCCGCCAUUGCGCGACACAUCACCCCACCGCCCACGACGAAGAACUUGCUCGAUGAAGACCCCUUUCUCGUGAGGUGGGGUACUUGGAUGGACCGUCACGGCGGUCUCAUGAGCCGCUGGGAGAUUCUCUUCAAUAUCACCGUCCUGCGGCUCAUCAGCUUCAACUUGGACUACUACUUUAGCCUUGAUCAACGCAGCGGAAGUCCCCUAGAGAAGAAGCAACUCGACCCCUCCAACCUCUCCGAACGAGACCGCCUCGCCAUCUCCGCCGCGCCCAAGGACUACUCCUUCCGCAACUACGUCGCCUACGCAAUCUACGCGCCCCUCUACCUCGUCGGCCCCAUCAUGUGCUACAACGACUUCAUCUCCCAGCUCCGCCACCGCCCGGCCUCGAUCGAGACCCCGCGCACGAUCCGCUACGCCGUCCGCUUCCUCCUCGGCCUCCUCGCCAUGGAGGUCGUCCUGCACUACGACUACGUCUGUGCAAUCUCCCACGCGGGGCCCGACUGGUCCACCUACACGCCCGCCCAGCUCUCCCUCCUUUCCUUCUUCAACCUCCACAUCAUCUGGCUCAAGCUCCUCCUCCCCUGGCGCCUCUUCCGCCUCUGGGCCCUCAUCGACGGCGUCGACGCCCCCGAGAACAUGCUCCGUUGCGUCUCCAACAACUGGUCCCCCAAAUCCUUUUGGAAGGCCUGGCAUCGCUCCUACAACCGCUGGCUCAUCCGGUACAUCUACAUCCCCCUCGGCGGCGCAAACUUCCGCUCCUGGGCCACCACCGUCCGCUCCAUCGCCACGUACCUGCUGGUCUUUACCUUUGUCGCCCUCUGGCACGAUAUCCGUCUGCGCCUGCUCAUCUGGGGCUGGCUCAUUGUGCUCUUCCUCCUCCCCGAGGUUCUCGCGCAGCUCCUGUUUCCCGCGCGCAAGUGGGAGGGCAGGCCGGAUACGUACCGGCGCAUCUGCGCUGUGGGAGCUGUUGCGAAUGUGCUCAUGAUGAUGAUUGCCAACCUUGUUGGUUUCGCUGUGGGACUCGAUGGUUUGCAGAGCAUUCUCUCUGGUAUUCUGCAUGACUGGUCAGGUGCACUGUUCUUUUUGAGUGCGUUUGCCUCUUUGUACAUGGGUGUUCAGGUCAUGUUUGAAAUCAGAGAGGCCGAGAUGCGAAGAGGCAUUUCAUUAAAGUGUUGA